AUGAAUUUAUAUCAUAAUCCAAACAACGAUGAUGAAUGUGACAAUUCAAUAUCAUCCCAAUGUGAAAUCAACACCAAAAAUGUCACUUCCACUUCGAACAACAUCAUCGCCACCACCACCGCCACCAACCGCUGUGGCACUGCAAUUCUUCCCUCACACAUUUGGCAAUGUGAAAAGAAAAUGACAACAGCAACAAAUGUGAACGUGAAUUUUCAAAAUGGCAAACUAUCAUCACAGAGUCAGGCGUUGAAACGACAAGCCCGUUCUGCCACUGUGAGUUGGGCCAUGUCAGCAUCAUCAAUGACAGCGGAGGGUAGUGAUGAGGCAUCAUCCACCACCUCCUCCCACUCUUUACACAAUGGCAAUGCUGAUGAUGACGAUGCCACUGCUUCGACAUUUGCUCGUAAAUUGUAUCACAGUAAUACCUGCCCGGAAGAAAAGAAAUUGCUAGUGAAUACAGAAGCAGCAGCAGCCACAGUCAGUGCAGCAACAUCAUAUAUCCAUCAAACCCAAAAGUGGCGCGAAAGACCCCGGGGGCGAUAUCCAACUACCAGUAAGCAGAUGAUGUUAGUUAUAUUGCCCAGCGUAUUGGCUGUACCAAGCCUGGAUUUGCAGCACCAACACCACCCACAACAACAGCAACAACCUAAUGCAUUGCCUUUCCAUGAAGGUAAACUAGUAAAGACCAAUAGCAACAAUAACUACAACAAUGCAGCCACCUCAACCACCACCGGUAAUAAAGCAGCAACAACGACAUUAGCAGGAGCAACAACAGCAAUUAGUCAACAUGUAAAUAGUAGCAAUAAUUACCAGAAUAGCAGCAACAGUCGCCACAACAACAACAAUAGUGACAACGACCUGUACAUAACCUCAAAUGAUAUGAAUGCUACCAAUUCGGCUGUUAAGAUAAUCCUAAAUGAUUAUAGCGAUGCCUUCUCACAAAUAAUCAAUAAUGAAAAUGAGCAACAACGUCAGCAACAGCUGCACCACACUGGCCAUCAAAAUUCCACAAGUCCUGCUGCUGAUGAUUAUUUAUUACAAUUUCAUGACGAUUUGUUAGAUAGUUUCCGCGGUACACACAGUCUGCCCCGCCAACCAAUGUAUACGAAUGAAUUUGCUGUGCAUAUUCCCGCUGGACCAGAAAUGGCUGAUCUAAUUGCAAAUAGAUAUGGUUUUACCAAUAUGGGUCAGAUUGGUGCUUUAAAGGAUUAUUAUCUCUUCCAUCAUAAACAUGUCUCAAAGCGAUCCCUUAGAACCAGUGAUGAACACCAUAAAGCCUUAAAUUCGGAACCAGAGGUCCGAUGGAUCCAACAACAACACGAGAAAAUUCGUCAGAAACGUGAUGGUUCCUAUUCCUCGCUACCCGGUUAUAGUCCCUAUGAUAUAUUACGUCAAACGACUGCUUUCGGUGGUAGUUUACCCUCGUUGCAUGUAAUGACCGGACCCGAUACCGCGUAUCGUAAUGGGUUAACACGUGCUCCACGCAUACAAUAUCGUGAUGCUGGACCACAUACAAUUUUCCCUGAUCCCUUGUUCAAGGAACAAUGGUAUUUGAAUGGUGGCGCCAAAGACGGUUUGGAUAUGAAUAUUGGACCCGCUUGGCAAAAAGGUUAUACGGGCAAGGGUGUUGUUGUCUCCAUAUUGGACGAUGGCAUACAGAAGAAUCAUCCUGACCUUGCACAAAACUAU